AACACCCUGAAAAAAAAAAAAAAGGAAAAAAAAAACCCAAAACUACUUGAAUGAAGAGGAGUCGGGAGCGAACAUUAUAGUCUCUUACCAAUUUCGAAUCAAAAUCUCCCCGAUUCCGAGAGUUCCAAAACCCUAGAGACACAACGCAUCGCGCCAUUUGAGCUUCAUGUGAAUUGUGAGGAGUUUCAUGUAGUAGCAAAUUGGAAUUCAUAUAGAGUUUAUGCUACAAUGGAUGGUUGUUCGAUUCCUAAUCCCGUUUUCGGUAAUGAUCCGGGGGUUUUGGAUGUGAAACCCUUGCGAACCCUGUCGCCGAUGUUCCCCGCGGCGCUUCCAUUGGGGUUCAACACAUUCACCCCUCCUGAAGCCCCUUCUCUUCUUUGCUUCUCACCCUACGGUUCGUUUGCGACCAAUUCGGCGUUCCCUUCGGGGUUUUCUUCUCUAUAUGCAACUUGUAAAGCACCCCAAAGUUGUAAUCCCACGCCGGUCGAUCCGGUUUCUGUGAACGGAGUAAACAGAGCUGCCCACAUCGAUGAGCUCGCCGUUGUGAAUGGGUCUUUUACAGAUACGGAAUAUUCGCCUUCUUUGUCUACGUCGUUCAAUGGGGAAAAUGGUGGUACGGUUAUGCGGUGUCUGACUAGCGGUGGCAUUGUGCCUGGUGGUAGCAAGAAGAAGAAGUCAAAGCGCAAAAGGCCUAAGAAAGUCGAUAGUGAACUUUUGAUGCUGGCCUGUUCUUCGCACGAAUCGCGGGAGUCCGUGGAGGUGGUUCUCAUGACCUUCGAUGCGCUCCGCAGAAGGCUCAUGCAGUUGGAGGGGGCAAAGGAUGUAAAGCAUCGGCCCGACUUGAAGGCCGGGAGUAUCAUGAUGAGCAAAGAGCUAAGGGCUAAUAAAGUGAAGAGGGUAGGGCAAGUGCCUGGUGUCGAAGUCGGAGAUAUAUUCUAUUUUCGGGUCGAGAUGUGUUUGGUCGGUCUCAACUCUCAACUUAUUGCGGGCAUUGAUUAUGUGAACUACAGAUUUGGUGAUGAAGAUGAUACGGUUGCGCUUAGUGUUGUUUCUGCCGGUGUGUAUGAGAAUGCCGAGGAGAAUGUGGAUGUUCUGAUUUAUAGUGGCCAGGGGGCUUCUAGCAAGGACGACCAAAAGCUCGAAAGAGGCAAUUUAGCUUUAGAGAGGAGCUUGCAUAGGGGCAAUGAGAUUAGGGUUAUACGUAGUGCUAAGGAUUUUAGCUGUCCGACGGGGAAGAUAUACAUUUAUGAUGGUCUCUAUAAGAUACGGGAAUCGUGGAUCGAGAAAAGGAAGUCAGGCUUCAAUGUAUUCAAGUAUAAGUUAGUGAGAGAGCCGGACCAGCCCGAUGCGAUUGCAGUAUGGAAAAUGACUGAAAAAUGGAGGGAAAAUCCUUCUUCAAGAGGGAAAGUUAUUCUUUCUGAUAUGUCUUCUGGGAUGGAAAGUAGACCCGUUUGCCUUGUAAACGAAAUCGAUAAUGAGAAGGGACCUGCCCAUUUCACAUAUAGCACUAGGGUUAAGUAUUUGAGUCCUUUAAGCUCUAUGAAAAGCUUGCAGGGUUGUUUGUGCACUAAUGUAUGCCUCCCUGGUGAUGCCAAUUGCUCUUGUUCGCAACAUAAUAGUGGUGAGCUUCCUUACAGCUCAACAGGGAUACUUAUCAGUCGAAGGUCAGUUAUAUAUGAGUGCAACGAAUCCUGUAGGUGCUUUGUUAAUUGCCGAAAUAGACUGACGCAAAAGAGUAGUCCGCUUCAUUUUGAAGUGUUCAAGACCAAAGAUCGUGGAUGGGGCCUUCGUUGUUGGGAGCCCAUUCGAGCGGGCACCUUUGUUUGUGAAUAUACAGGUGAAGUGAUAGAUAGGAUAAGAACAAAUGAAUAUGGAGAAGAAGAUGAGUACAUCUUUCAAACCAUGCAUGCUGACCCAACUUUCAGAUGGAACUACGGACCGGAGUUACUAGGCGAACCUAGUCGGGUUGACUUAAGUGAGACCUCUAAGCCAUUACCGAUUAUCAUAAGUGCAAAAAAUGUUGGCAAUGUAUCUCGCUUUAUGAACCACAGUUGCACUCCUAACGUAUUUUGGCAACCGGUUCUCUAUGAUCACGGCGAUGACGGAUAUCCGCAUAUUAUGUUCUUUGCGAUUAAGCACAUUCCUCCCAUGACAGAGCUAACUUAUGAUUAUGGUCUCACGAAAGAUCAAGUUGGUAAUGAGGAGGCAGGAGGCAGCUUUGGAUCCCGGAGAAUUAAAAAGUGCUUAUGCGAGUCGUCCAAGUGUAGAGGCUCUUUUUGCUGAACCUUAAGCAUGGUAUAUUUUGGCGGUGGUUAAGCCUUGACAAACCCACAAGGUUAGGAUCUGAAAAGGUUUGAAGUUCUGUAUAUUCGGUUCUGUGUCCUCAAAUCUCUUGUUUUGAUCUACUAUGGUGCUAAAUCCAUUAUCUUCUCUACCACUUACCAACGGUGAUUUAGGUGCUAUUAGUGUAUCACAUCAUGCUCGUUGAUGAUGAUUUUUGUUUUCUUUACACUUCAAUGUUUCAUUAGCAAAAAUAUCUAAUUGCUACAGAGAAGAUGUAUUAUAUAAAACUCUAUCCAUCAAAUGGCCUUAUAGAUUUUAUAGCAAGCCCUCUGAAGUUUUACCUGAAAUUUAUCAGCAAUUCAUGUAGGACUAGUGUAGGGUCAAUAGCCGGUUGUAAAAUUUCGGAGUUUCUGUUAGAAUAUUAUCAUCUUUGAAUGGUGUUUAACCAACUCUGUACUGUGAGAAAUUGCUUGAAUGUUGAUUAUAGUGAUGUAUGAA